GCAGAGGGCGCUCCCGUCGUGCCCCGCGCUUCCGCCCGCCAUUUAGCACGCGUGGAGCGCGCGCUUAUCAGCGGCGCUUAACACAAUUUUUGGUUUAAUAUACGUCAAGUGUAUUCAUAUUUAGAUUAUUUUCUUCAGCUCUCGAGCAGCAAGAACACCCCGCGUGCGGCCAUGGCGUACCGCGGGCAGCCCAAGGUGCAGAAGGUGAUGGUGCAGCCGAUCAAUUUGAUCUUCAGAUAUCUACAAAACAGGUCCCGGAUACAGAUCUGGCUGUACGAGCAGGUCAACAUGAGGAUCGAGGGCUGCAUUAUUGGCUUUGACGAGUACAUGAACCUGGUGCUGGAUGACGCCGAGGAGAUCCACAUGAAGACGAAAGCGCGCAAACCCCUCGGGCGCCUAAUGCUGAAAGGAGACAACAUAACGCUGAUCCAGAGCGUGGCUGGAUGAAAUUCGGCGCUACUGAAACCACCAUGCAGCCACGCACAUCGCACCCACCUACUCCAUGCCCACUGCCACAACACCGCUCGCCACAAUCGCCGCACACGCACCCACCUAUUACGCAUCUUCAACUCGCCAACUUUACGCACUGAUUACGCAUCCCUCGGCACACCUGCAUCACUCUCGCCAAACGAACCUUUGCGCUACUCGCCUCCAAAAUUUAAAAUCCACCCUCAAUACUAAAUCCAUGCCUACUUUCAGACUACAUCUAAGUUGCUCAUCCUCACUACAUCAAAUCUCACCGUACAGUCACAAGUCAGCCUCGACUGCAACUGCAAUCGACCUCAUCACUUGCUCCGAGCUCACUGAGCAUGCCGCUCGUCAUAUUUUCCACAGUGCAUCCACCAUUGCCGAACACCACAUCGCACAUUCAUCACACUUAGAGCCGGCUCGCCCCAUUCCCACACGCCCCACAACCCUAUUUUGAGUUUUACAUCCACCGCGAGUCUGCGUUUCCAUUAGAUGGAUUUUGUACACGUUCCGUCAGUCCUUGUGUGUAUGCGAGCCACUGGUGUGCGUUGGGAAGUCCACAGUUCACCAAUCGGUGCGUUUUCAAUUAAACUUUCAUUUUUA